GCACACCGGCGGCGCGCAGGACGCGCAGCCUCCGCUGCUCUGUUGAUAUAGACGCCGCCGUCCGCUCUAGGAGGUUAUGGCUGAGGACUUCGCGAAGGGAGGAGAAAGGAGGAGGUCGACAGGGAUUAUUCGAUAGGAGCCAUGCGUUCAAGUGCGUCCGCGUGAAGUGUUUUACCCAACGGAUGUGAUGACCACUGACAUCACGGAAACUUUGAAGUAACGCGUGCUCCAAUGUGCGCAUCCAGGCUCUCAACCCAGAAGGCGCUGAACCCACGACCAUGUCCCACGCUCAGGUUGAGAUCCCCGCGCGCGGCUUCCCCGGCCUGUCCGUGGACAUGAGCGACGACUGCUUGUCCCGCGUGCCGUCCGUGCUGAGGACGCACGGCUUGGGCGCGCGGAGGAACUCCUACGGGCUGCAGAAGAUCAGCAUGGACGUCGACUCUCCGCUGUACAGCGGCGCGCUCUCCAAAGCCCUGUCGUGGUCGGCGGAGAACAUCCCGACACUGUGCGAGUCCAGAGCAGAGGACUCCCCACAGUCGCCGUCUCCCGUUUCCAGCCCGGGCACCAGCUCCAACACGCCCCCCUGCAGCCGGGACCCGGAGCCCGGGCCCCCCGCCGGGACGUGGGCUCCGGCAGCGCGCGCCGCCGCUGCGGACGCCAGCUCCGACUCUGAGAGCGAAGUCAAACACAGGCAGCACAAGGUGUUGUCCCGCAUCACGUUUGAUCCUCAGUGGGAGCAGGAGGAGAAGGAGGACGUGGAGACCAAGGCGGUGGCGACCUCCCCUGACGGACGGUACCUCAAGUUCAACAUAGAGAUCGGACGAGGCUCCUUCAAGACGGUCUACAAAGGCCUGGACACGGAGACCACGGUGGAGGUGGCCUGGUGCGAGCUGCAGACCCGGAAGCUGACCAAGGCCGAGCGGCAGCGCUUCAGCGAGGAGGUGGAGAUGCUGAAGGGGCUGCAGCACCCCAACAUCGUCCGCUUCCACGACUCCUGGAAGUCCACGGUGAAGGGCCACAAGUGCAUCAUCCUGGUGACGGAGCUCAUGACGUCCGGCACGCUGAAAACAUACUUGAAGAGGUUCAAGGAGAUGAAGCUGAAGCUGCUGCAGCGCUGGAGUCGUCAGAUCCUCAAGGGGCUGCACUUCCUGCACACGCGCACGCCUCCCAUCAUCCACCGCGACCUCAAGUGUGACAACAUCUUCAUCACAGGUCCGACCGGUUCCGUCAAGAUCGGCGACCUGGGCCUGGCCACGCUCAAAAGUGCCUCUUUCGCUAAAAGCGUGAUUGGAACGCCGGAGUUCAUGGCCCCAGAGAUGUACGAGGAGAAGUACGACGAGGCCGUGGACGUCUACGCCUUCGGGAUGUGCAUCCUGGAGAUGGCCACGUCCGAGUACCCGUACUCCGAGUGCCAGAACGCGGCCCAGAUCUACCGCAAAGUCACCAGCGGAAUAAAACCCGACAGUUUCUACAAAGUCAAAGUCCCAGAGCUGAAGGAGAUCAUUGAGGGAUGCAUCCGUAUGAACAAAGACGAAAGGUACACCAUCCAGGACCUCCUGGACCACCCCUUCUUCCAGGAGAACAACGGCGUGCACGUGGAGCUGGCGGAGGAGGACGACAUGGUGAAGUCGGGCCUCAAGCUGUGGCUGCGCAUGGACGACACCAAGAAGCUCCACGGGAAGUACAAGGACAACAACGCCAUCGAGUUCCUCUUCGAGCUCUACAAAGACGUGCCUGAGGAGGUGGCGCAGGAGAUGGUCGUGCUGGGCUUCGUGUGCGAGGCCGACUUCAAGCUGGUGGCCAAGGCCGUGCGCGACCGGGUGACGGCCAUCAAGCGGCAGAGGGAGAAGCUGCGGCGCCAGGCGGAGGAGCGCAGGAGGCAGCAGGAGCAGGAGGCGCUGGAGGAGGAGGCCGAGGCCCAGCCGCUGCCGCCCCCCGGCCCGGCCCGGACGCCCCCCGCCCCCCUCCUGUCCCCCGCCACCACCUCGGUGGAUUCUGGCGUCAGCUCCAACUGCCCCGUGGAGCCCGAGGAGCCCGAGGCGGACCAGCACUUCCACAUCCGCCACACCAGCCUGUCCUCCGCUAACUCUGACUGCGAGACGGACGGCGACAUGAGCUCCCCCGGGCUCCAGGACUUCCCCGACGCCCGGCCCGUGAGCAGCCCCCCCAUCGCCGCGCUGCGCUUCCCCUCGAGCAUCGCCGUGUCCAGCAGCAUCGAGCACGGCCACUGCGGGUCCCCGAGCGGCUUCAACUCACCUGUGGACAGCUACGCCUCCGACGUCACGUCGGGCCUGAGCGACGGCUACGAGGGUCCGACGGAGCGGAGCGAGAAAGCGGCCGCCAGACGCGGCGCGGGGAAGCUGUUCCGGAGGCGCGCGCGCUCCCGGCUGCGCAUCACCGGGCUCUCCGACAAAGUGGACCGCGUGGUGGAGUGUCAGCUGCAGACGCACAACGACAAGAUGGUGACCUUCAAGUUCGACCUGGACGGAGACAACCCCGACGACAUCGCUGCUGUCAUGGUCCACAACGAGUUCAUCCUGCCCUCGGAGAAGGAGGGCUUCCUCCACCGCAUGGGCGACAUCAUCAAACGGGCCAAAGCCCUGAUGGCCAAGGAGCAGCCGGUCCACCGGGCCGCCGCGCCCGCCCUCCAGGGCGGCGCCAGCGCGCUGUCGUCCUCGCAGCCUAACCUGCACAGUCACAGCUUCCCUCGGACGCACUCGUCCUCGUCUCUGCCCGACUUCAGUGUGACCAACCCCAGCUCCCCCUCAUGUCCCAAUGGAGACAUCUUCAGUGCAGACAUGACUUCACCUGUGCGACCUCUAUUGCGUUCCCAGUCUUUCCACACGGCCCCAGCCUCUCCCCUCCAUUAUCAGCAUCAUCACCACCCUGCGUCCCUCCUUCCCCACCACCAGCACUACCACGUACCCUUCAUGGGCCACACUCACUUCCCAUUCCCGUAUCCGGGCUCUCCGGGCCCUCACAAGCCCGCUGGGAUGCAUCACCCCCUCACCCGUGUAGCCAGUAACCCCACCUUCCCCUCCGCCCCCUCCCCGGCCCCCGGGUCCCCAAGCCCUCAGAGCGAGACCCCCAGUCCUGUCAGCAAUGAGAGCAUCACCUUAUCCCCGCCGGUGCCCCAGCAUCCCAGCAUGUGGCCCCCCCACACGCAGCCCCUGUUCUCCUUGGCUAACGUCAUCUCCAUGGCGAUGAGCAUGGCCCAGUCCUUCAUCCCGCCGGCCAGCCUGCCCGCGCAGGGGAUGCCCUCCUUCCCAGGCUUCCACCCCCAGCUGCCCCCUCACAUGGUCCCACCGGCAGGCUACAGCUCUGUCUACCCGCAGCACUACCAGAGCCCACCGGCGGAGGUGCCGUACCCCGCGGCCGGCGCCGCGCCACCGAACAACAUCUACCACGGCCGUGUCGGGAGCGCGCCUCAGAUGAACGGAGCUGGUUUUGCUCAGAGCUGGCUCCAUCCUGUCUCUCCACCUUCCGCGGCCUCCGCCUCUGCGCCGGCCCCGGAGCCUCUGCAGCCUCUGCAGCCUCUGCAGCCUCUGCAGCCUCUGCAGCCUCUGCAGCAGGGCGGACUGUUGGGGCCUCCCAGCCUGGCGCAGGCAGACAGGCUCCACGCUCAUGCUGCCCAGCAGCUCCCAGCCCGCAUUGGGCCCAAACCACACGUCUCCAGUUCAAACUCCUCAUCAGAGCUUUCGCCAUCGCCCCCAGAGAGCCCCGAAAACACAUUAUCGUCCUUCAGCGCCCAGUUGCACCCUCCUGUUCCUGCGAUGAACGCCAGCAGCCCCAGUAUGAAAUCCUCUUCCUCUGGAUCUGAAGUUCCGUGUGCUUCUGUGACCGUCGGCCGGUUCCACGUGACGCCCAGCGUGGACGUCCCUGCGCCAGACGCGGCGCCGCAGUCCGCUCACAGUGGGAGCGCCCUGUCUGAGAGCAGCACCGAGGAGCAGGGGGGCUCCGAGACGAGCCUCGGCACCUCCCUCACCAUGUCCCCCCCACACCCGCGCCCCCACGGGGCCUCGCCGGGGGGGCCUCCCGACGCUGACAGGCAGCAGGACCGGGAGGAGGAGGAGCAGGAGGAAGAGGAGGCAGAGAGUGUUGGCGAACGGCCGAGGGCGAGGAGGAGGAACCGGAGGAGGGCCUACAGCCUCAGCCUGAUGGGAACGUCUGCGGACAGCGGGCUCUCAGUGACAGCUGAGAUGGAGGGGAGGCUGUGGGACGGAGCCGCAGGCAGCCCACAGUACACCAAUGCCCUUCAUCAUCUAUGGAUGAUGAGUUACAGCCGUAACGCCCAAUACGUGAGCAGUGAUGACUCUGACAGCGACAAUGAAGAAAUCCUGGAGGAGCUCCAGGACCUCAGAGAGAAACACCUCACUGAGGUUCAGGCUCUCCAGGCUGCACAGAAGAGAGAGAUUGAAGAGCUGUAUGAGAAGAUGGGGAAGGUCCCCCCCGCUGCCAUCGUGUCCCCUGCCGCCGUGCUGUCCAGCCGGCAGCGCCGCCUCUCCAAAGGGAGCGGGUUUCCCUCGUCCCGCAGGAACAGCCUGCAGCGCGUGGACCUGUUACCGCUGCAAGGUAUCAUCAGGAGAAACUCCCUUGGAGGAAGCAGCAGUGGCUCCCAAGAUAAACACAGCAAAGGGGUGACCUUUGCUAAGGACAUGAACAGAAUAUGAAACACGCCCCGCUGUCUAUCUACCUGGACUACCUCAUCGUUAGUGAGACUGCAGUGGUCAGAGCCGUCCCGGAGCAGAGUCACGCCUGAUCAGCAAACGGCUGCUGCUGGUGGUCGUUUACCUCAGAUGUACAGACGCUGCCCUCAGCACACAGGAUCUGCAACUAGCUUUCAGUGCGUUGUCACAUGAAGCUCAAAAGACAAACUGGUUGAUAUUAAAAUGAAUGCCGUCAGUUCAGAAGUAUCAGCUUCAGUCCAGGCUAGUCUUUGUUUCAGCUCCUUUCACUGAGCGAGCGCUUCAGACGACGCACUCGAGUGACGGAGUUGUGGCGUUUUGAGGAAAACGACUCUGACCCAGAGAGAAGAUUGUUGCCGUUCUGCUGCUUGACUGAUUCACUGCCGUUGAUCAGUGUGAACUGUGAUGAGGCUUCUCACACACAGACAACGUUGGAUAUUCACAUAUCUCAGCACCUGUUCACCGCAGUGAAGACGCUCAUACAGUAGUUUGAUUACUGCCUUUUAGGGGCUGAACACAUCAGUCUUUAUGCAUUGUACAGUUUGAUUAAUUCAUGUUUAUCGUUAGGAUGAUGUAACGAUGAUUCUGUAGUUUGUCUGCAGUCCUGACAGAAUUUCUUACAUUAUACAGCAUUACAAUAAGGAGAAUCACCACACCUUCAUACAGUAUGAAGGUGUAAACGGGUAAAAUAAAUGUAAAAUGCUGUAUAAUUGAGGUUUUCACAUAGCUCACAUAGCUUUGGUGUAAUGGUUACAAUGCAUUAUUAUAAUCCCGACGAUUUUCCAAUAUGAAAGCAGGUUUAAAAUGGAAAAAAUGACUUCUUUUUAUUCCUUAGAUGUGAAAAAUCCACCUAGGUUUAGACUACUGGCUUUUUCAUUUUCUUUUAUUGCAUAUGUUUAAAUAGUAGAAUGACUUUGUAGAUGACGUUUACAAGUAAGUAUUUCAGAAACCUUAAUUCUUGCUCAAGUAAAAAUCAUGUUGCUUGUUCUAUCGAUCAAGCAUCUUGUGCACUUUAGUUCUCAAUCAACGUUUGUUGGAUGAAACUGUGUUUCACUCGAGGAAGAACCAAUAUUUUCCCACAAAGGGAAACAGAAAAUAUUUUUCAGUUUGUUUGAACACAUUAUUUAAUAUUGGAUCACAGUAAUGAAAAUCCACCUUCUUAUAGCCUUCAGGAUACGUUUAUAGUGGGACAAAGAUGAAUGAGUUCAAGCUGUGAACCUGUAGCUGUUGCCUUAUAAACAAUCACCACACACUGAAUUUCCUGACAGUUUAACAAUUCAUAAUAUAUUCUAAAUUCUGAAUGUAAAUAUGUAAGUGUGUUGCUUUCUGAAGCUGCUGUCCUGCCAUGCUAAAUCUGUGCCUUUCCCUUACAAUGUCUUAUUUUAUAUAUUUUCUUAAGACCCGAUGCCUAGAUCAGACUCCUAAUAUUACAUUUUGACAAAUAAAUACAACAGUAAUAUCA